AUGCCAUCUCGUGAAGCAACCCACGCAGGCUCGUGGUACACGGACAAUGGACCCCAGCUUGAUCGCCAGCUGAGCGGCUGGCUUGACCAGGUGCCUACGGCCACGUCAGGUAUCGGCGCUCACUCGUCAACAGAAGGCUCAUUGCAGAUCCCAUCGACUGGGGCCAGAGCUAUCAUUGCACCGCACGCCGGUUUCUCUUACUCUGGGCCUGCGGCGGCAUGGGCAUACAAGUCACUCGACUUGUCCAAUGUUAAACGUGUCUUCCUACUUGGUCCUUCUCACCACUAUUAUCUCACGACUUGUGCCCUCUCAAGAUGCGAUACAUAUGAGACUCCGCUGGGAGAUCUAAAGAUUGACCUAGCCACCGUGAAAGAACUAGAGCAGACUGGUGCAUUCGAGAAGAUGUCACAGUCUAAAGACGAGGCAGAGCAUAGCUUGGAAAUGCACCUACCAUACAUCUACAAGAUGCUCUCAACGAAGUUCUCCAAUCCCGCUGCUUUCCCACCUCUCAUACCAAUACUCGUGGGAGCCACCACCUCUUCCACCGAGAAACGCUUUGGCGAGGUUCUUGCCCCUUACUUGGCCGAUCCAACCUCGAUAUUCGUAAUCAGCUCAGACUUCUGUCACUGGGGUUCGCGGUUUCGAUACACGUACUACGUCCCUGAAAGUGGUUCACCAAAGAAUCUGGGACCCCGAGAUCAGAUCUCAAAGACAUUCCCCAUACAUGAGAGUAUCAAGCUCGUAGACCAAUGGUGCAUGGACGCUGUAGAAACAGGGUCCCAUGACAACUUCCAAGACAUCCUUGACGAGACAAACAACACAGUGUGCGGAAGACAUCCGAUUGGUGUCAUCAUGGCAGCGAUUGAAGCACUGGACAAGCAAGGAAUGGUGGGUAGCGGCAAAGGGAAGUUCAAAUUCGUUCGAUACGAGCGGAGCAGUCUCGUCGAUACGUAUUCGGACAGUAGUGUGAGCUACUGCAGCGCAUUCGCGAUUCUAUGAAGUUAGAAAUUCGGGAGUUCGAAAGGAGAUGAUAGAAUGUCCACCUGUGAACAUGUUCAAAUGUGUGACCUAUGUUCCUCCGUCCGUGAAAUAGUACAGCAACG